UUGUUUGUUUGUCACAUUUGUCAAAAUCAACUCAAUGUGCAAUCAAUAAACAUUGGAAAAAUGAAGCAAAUAUUGAUAUUUCGAAAAUCCAACGAUCAAUGAGUACCUAUUAAGAAGAAAAAGAAUAAUAAUAUGGAAAAGUACAAUGUUACGAGAUAUCACAAUAAUUAAUAACACCUACAAAUGGCACUUUAUAAACUUUUCAGUUACAGCGUCGAAGUUCAGUACAAAAGUCGUUUAUUAUCGAAAGCGACAUUGUUUACAGUAAUAACAACUAUAUUGACCAUUGUUUUGCCUUUUGUUGUAGCCUAUAGAAGUAGAGGAUUUUGGUUAAAGACGUCAUACUUCUAUGAACAACCACUCAUACACUCAACAUAUGAUUAUUUACUUAUAGCAGAGACUGAUGACCCUAGUGUUAAUAUUAUAUGUGGUGAUGCAGCAUUCCUAGAUGAUGAUAGACUUGUAGAUGAAGAAAAUUGUGUAGAAAUUCAAAUACAAGAAGACGACAUCAAUCUAGAUGGGAAGAAUGAUAUUCUUAAAUUUAAGUUUGAUCUUAUUGUACCAAAGGGUAGAAUUAUAAGUUCCAUUAUAUUAAUAUUAGGUAUAGACUUCCAAAUUAGGAAUGUUUGCCCUCUACAAAUGCAAAGUCUUGCAGUUCUAACCAAAGAGUUCAGUGGUCAGCCAAGUGGAUUCAAAUACUAUGGAGACCUGCAAAUAUACCAAACAAGUCACCUGGCAUGUCUGCGAAAUAUCUUGGAUACAUCUCACAACACCUCACUAUUUAACCAUGAGACUUACAAUACCAAAAAUAUAGUUGAUUUUAUUUUAGAUGAAUAUUUGAUAAGAGAAGUUACAACAGUAGUCAAUCCCAUCUAUGCCAGAACUCAAAAUGGCCAAACUGGUACCAUGGAUCUGAGUAUUAAUCUAAGAAUCGCAGAAAUGAAAUUUCGAUAUACUCCAAGUCUUAUACAAGAACUGAAAUGGGCUUGGCCACAAUACCUGUCACUUCUUCUUAUCUUCUACUGGUUAUUUGAAAGAAUAAGAAAAUUUGUCUUCAGCAAUCGUCUACUGAUGGCUUGGGAGAUAAUUCCUUGGAGAAAGAAAGAUUAGUAUAUUUUCAAGAAAGACAGUGAUAAUGAUCUGUUUUAAGGAAAAUCUUGCUCAGCAGCUAUUACUUGUCCAGUAUUUUUUAAAUGGUUGCUGAUAAGUGAUAACCUUUGAUAUUAGUACCAAUGAUAUUAAGUACAAUAGAUAUACUAUAUUUGGGGUGUGUAGUUGUUAAGUCUAGAUUAUGAACUAUGAAGCAUAAUUAUAUUACUUUUUCUUCUUGCACUCGCA